AUGAGCUCUCUACGUCCCGUUACAUUCAUCCUCUUGGGGCCUUGGAGGUCGACAAUUUCACGAGCAUCUCGGCAGUUCCGAUUGUCGCCACCAUCUUCCUCCCUGCGGACUACAUCUAUAUCCUCCACUGCCCACCCCUCCUAUUUCCGAUAUUACUCUCAAGAAACCCCUCCCGGCAAAAUCUACGCAUUUGAAGACGUCAAAUCCUUCGUCGAGAAGCCCGACCCAAGCCGUGUUCUUGUCGACGCUCGCGAGCCUGGAGAAAUACAGGCCACAGGAACAAUUCCAGGGUCACUCAACAUACCGGUAACUUCCAAGCCCGACUCGUUUUUCAUCACGGCAGAAGAGUUCGAGGAUAGGUUUGGGUUUGGGAGGCCUGAAAAGCACCAGGAGGUUAUUUUCUACUGCCGGUCAGGAGUGAGGAGUCGAGCUGCGGCAACUUUUGCGAGACAGGCUGGAUGGAGUAACGUUGCAGAGUACCAGGGCAGCUGGCUAGAUUGGGCUAGAAACGGGGGCGUCAAGGAGGGAGGGAAACAGGCGUAG